AUGCAAAAAUGGAUUUGGGCAUAUUUGAUAUUGGUGUUGGUGUUAAAAGAAUGUGAUGGAUGGCAAGCUGAUCUAGGAAAAAUGGUUAGGAAAUGGAAGGUAGCAGGUGGAGAAGCCGCGACAGAAGAGUGCGUUUCAGACGAUGGAGAUCAAUGUACAAUUCAAGGAAAUUGGUCAAGCACACAAGUGUGUAACUAUGUGAUGUGCAACGACGAUAACUGUGAAGGUGGUGGAUACCUACUAUGGACCAGAUACGUGGAAUGUGCUUCAACUCCAGCAAUCCGAAUAGUUUUGAUUGUUGCUGGUGUCCUUUACAUGCUCCUAUUGUUUAUUAUGGUUAGCUCCGCAGCUGAUGAUUUCUUUUCUCCUUCUAUUUCCUCAAUUGUUGCUCAUCUUCGUAUCAGUGAAUCUGUGGCGGGAGUAACAUUCAUGGCAUUUGGAAAUGGAGCUCCUGAUGUGUUUGGAGCUAUUGCUUCCGUUUUGAGCAGUCCGACUCCAAAAGCAGAUUUGGCUCUUGGAGAACUUUUUGGUGCGGGAUUAUUCGUCACUACAAUGGUUUUGGCUGUCACUAUUUUUUCAAAGCCUUUCAAAGCAGAGGUAUUCAGCUCAAUUCGUGAUAUUGCUUUCUACUUGGUUGCUCUCGCAUUUCUCGCUAUUUGUUUCAUAUUUUAUGAUCAUGUGGAGAUAUGGAUGCCUAUAACGUUCCUCGGAGUCUAUCUCAUCUACGUUUGUACCGUAAUCCUCUCUCAAAUUCUUCAUAAUAGACAUAAAAAAGAAAGAAAAGCAACAGAAAUAGUGAAACCGAUUGAUGUGAUAUCUGUUAUCAGUUUGGAUGAUGAUGAAGAUAUUUAUAUCAGUCACGGACAUCAUAUUCUUCAUGCUCACGAGGUUGAAAAAAUAGAAGCUGCUACAGAAGAAGCUGAAAUUCUGAAGACGUGGUCGAUUGGAGGUGUAUUGGAAGAUCUAAUGGAACAUUUGAAACCAUGGCCAAAUGAAGAGGAUUGGAAUGAAAUGAAUGUGUUUCAAAAGGCAAUUUGUUCUGUGAAUAUUAUUCCAACAUUUUUCUUCAAAAUAACAAUUCCCCAUAACGAGAAACCAUGGUCCAAACCGAUUUCUUUGCUGCAUUGUCUCAUUUGUCCAGUGUUUUUACUCUUCUGUAUUCAAGUUUGUUCAAUUUCUCCGUUUCCCAAUUCUCCUGGUCUCUGGCUAUAUGGAUUGAUACUCUCGGUUCUUCUUCUUGCAUUGGUUUCGGUUUUCACUGAACUUCAAAAAGAACCAGAGUUCUACAAAGGAAUAGCUUCUUAUGCAGGAUUUCUAAUGUCAAUUGCCUGGAUCUAUUUGAUUUCUUCCGAAGUUGUCAACGUCGUCACAAUGCUCGGAGUGGUCUCCAGAGUGUCUCACGAAGUUCUGGGUCUAACAAUUUUGGCAUGGAGUAACAGUAUUGGAGAUCUUAUUGCUGAUGUUUCGGUGGCCAAGCAAGGAUACCCACGAAUGGCGAUGGCUGCGGCGAUCGGAGGCCAACUUUUCAAUCUUUUAAUUGGUUUCGGAUUACCAUUCACAAUUGCUAAAGUUCAAGGAAAAUCAAUUUCGAUGAUUAUCAAUCCAACUUAUCGUCUUCUAAUGCUAUUUCUUGGGAUAUCCCUCGUUUUCACACUCAUCGCAAUGUUCGCUCAAAAGUUCUUCCUUCGACGACCACACUCAUAUUGUCUAGCUUUCAUCUACAUUGCAUUUUUCGUUUUUAUUGGCCUUUCUCUCGAUGGUUUACUGGUUUGGAAUUGA